AUGGCUCUAAGUUCCUGCUCCCCCUGUAUUUCUCCGCUUCACACGACACCAAAAUUGCAACUGCAGUUGAUGUUUACCUCGCUGUUGUUUUUAAGAAUGGACCUUGUGAAACAUAAUGGUGGCUGUCAUUGUGGAGCUGUUAGGUUUGAAGUUUGGAGCUCUCCACACCUCCAUGUUUUUGAUUGCAACUGCAGUAUUUGUACAAAGAAACAAAACCAUCAUUUCAUUGUCCCCAAGUCCAACUUUACUCUUCUGCAGGGUGGGGAUCAUCUGACCACAUAUACAUUUAACACCCACGCAGCAAAGCACACCUUCUGUAGAGUGUGUGGAGUCCAGAGUUUCUACACCCCACGCUCCAACCCUGAUGGAUAUGGUGUUGCUCCACACUGUCUGGAUCCAGGCACAGUCCAAAGUGUCACAGUAGAGAAAUUUUGGGGGGACAAAUGGGAAGAAAGCAUGAAAGCACACAAGACGAUCAGAGACAUGUCAAAACAGAAGGAGGGCAUCAAACUGGAAGAAUGAAAUAAUUUUACUGUGGCCUAAAAAUAGAAACGGCGUUUUUUUGAUCAGCGUAAAUACAACGCAGAACUUUUUUUUUUAACACAAGAAGAAUGACUGAACAUAAAAAUGAUCUUACAAGGCAAAACUGAUUCAUGUUGUGAGUUUUAGGUCAUUGCUUUUAUUACACUGGUGACCUCAUGUGGACUUCAUGCACGCAGCAUUUCAGCAUUUAAUGUCAGGUGGCCUAUUCUGGUCGGUUGCUAGAUGCAUUGUGACAACAAUGACAGUGUCAAACUUGUCAGGGUUUACUCGCUAUUUCUUGAAAUUAAGUUAUCGUAAAUGAUGUCUACUCCACCAGAAAUGUGUUCCUGUGCAUAUGGUCCAUUAUUACCCUUUCUAUAUAACCAGCUAAUUCGAUUAAAAAAAGAGCUACAAGUG